CACUCGCUCACACACGCACGCUCACGGAGCCAAGGACAAAAGUUGCAACGUACUUUCCCCUGGCAUUUUUGUCAACGAGGGUAGAGGAGGCGAUGAGGGUGCGGUUUCCUGCUCUGGGGCUGCUGGCCUGGCUGUGCUUCUGCGCUCUUGUGGGGUCCGUCGAAGGGGGAAAGGUGCUGGUUAUGCCCGUGGACGGGAGUCACUGGCUGAGCAUGAAGAUCUUGGUGCAGGAGCUGACCCACAGAGGACACCAGGUGGUGGUCCUGGUGCCUGAAAGCAGCCUGUUGAUCGAGCCCUCCGAGAGCUACCAGACCCGCCACUACAAAGUGCCGUACACCAAAGCCGAGCUGGACGGCAAAUACACCGAGCUCAAGGAUAGUGUUUUCGUCAAGUCGCCGGAGAUCACGGAUUUGUUUGUCAACAUGCAGCGUUUGGUCAACUUCACCAACUUCCAAGGGAUGGGCUGCAGAGCUCUGCUCAAUGAUCAGCUUCUGCGGAGUCAACUGAAGGACGAAGGCUUCAGUCUCGUGCUGACCGACCCGUUCCUGCCAUGCGGACCCAUCCUGGCUCAAGUCUUCUCCAUCCCGGCUGUUUAUUUUAUGCGUGGGCUUCCCUGUGAACUGGACACCAAGGCCAACCAGUGCCCCUCCCCGCUUUCUUACGUCCCCAAAUUCUACUCCGGGAACACAGAUGUCAUGACUUUCCCGGAGAGGGUGAAAAACAACAUCAUGGGCGCGGUGGAGCUCUUAGUGUGUCGUGUUUUGUACGCGGACUUUGACCAGCUGGUCAGGGACUUCGUGGACCCGGGCAUGACCUACAAGGAACUCUUGAGCCACGCGGCGAUUUGGCUCCUCAGAUACGACUUCGCGCUGGAGCGGCCCAAACCCGUGAUGCCCAACAUGGUUUUCAUUGGCGGUAUCAACUGUGCGAAGACACGGCCUCUGCCCGCGGAUGUAGAGGAGUUCGUGGAGGGUUCGGGAGAGGACGGCUUUAUCGUCUUUACCCUGGGCUCCAUGGUGUCCACCAUGCCUGUGGAGAUAGCCCAGCAGUUCUUUGAAGCCUUCGAAAGGAUUCCUCAAAGGGUUUUGUGGCGAUACACCGGAGUUAUACCCAAGCAUGUGCCGAAGAACGUCAAACUCAUGAAGUGGCUGCCUCAGAAUGACCUCUUGGCCCACCCCAAGGCCAAAGCCUUCCUCACCCACGCAGGAACCCAUGGCAUCUAUGAAGGGAUCUGCAACGCUGUGCCCAUGCUGAUGUUCCCGCUGUUCGGGGACCAGGGAGACAACGCCCUCCGCAUGGUGACGCGCGGCAUCGCCGAGAAACUCGCCAUCAUCGACGUGACGGCAGACCAACUAGUGGCCGCUCUGAAUAACAUCAUCAAUAAUAAAAGCUACAAGGAGAAGAUGGUGAAAUUGUCUGCCGUGCACCUGGACCGUCCUGUUCCGCCUCUGGACCUGGCUGUUUUCUGGACAGAGUUUGUCAUGAGACACAACGGAGCCGCGCACCUACGAGUGGCCGCGCACGACCUGAACUGGUUCCAGUACCACAGUCUGGACGUCAUCGGCUUCCUGCUCGCCGUGGUCACCUUUGCGCUGUGGCUGACGCUCAGGUGCUGCCUGCUCUGCACGCGCAAGUGUUGCGGCAGAGGGACGGCCAAGAGGAAAACCGAGUAAAGACGAUAUAUGGGAUAUGAAGUCAUUUUAAACGGUGGGCUGUGAAUUUGAAGGUGAUCAACUUUAUUUUUUGACAAAAUUGUCCAAAUUUGAAUGUUUCAAAAGUCUCAGGUGCUGUAGUACGGAUAGGUUUCCGACGACACCCGCCAUCUUGUGCGUCAAAACUUUUAACCGAGCACGCCUCUAUUGUUAUUUUUGUGCAAAAUGGGUCACACGUGCGUCCUGUGGGGUUGUAGAAAUCGAGCGAAUUCCGGACAAGGAACCACAAAGUAACGUAUUUUCCGGACCAAUGAAUGGUCUAUUUUCGACCUUUUUUCAUAUAUAAGGCUGGGAGGACUCGCGCCUCAGGGUUCCUCGGACCACCAAUGACGGACAUGACAGGCUUGACGGUUUGGAGAUUUUGUUUAUUUUUCAAUAAACCUCCUUCUCUGGUCGCUUUUCAGCCUUCCGCGUCUUCGUCUCGCUCUCGCUCGGGUUCGUUCUCGGCCAUCCACUCCGACUCCACCAACCCCGUCCUUCUGGGCUGCUGCCCUUUUAUACAGUGACAGGUGAUGAGACAACUGCGCCCAGGUGGGCCAUCUACGCACCUGUCGCCCAUCUCAAAGCUGGCCCCGCCUCGCUGCAGGUCCGCAGGCCACGCCUCCUCACAGACGCAUUGAAGGAGUCAUAUUAUUAUUAUUUUUUUCUAAAUGUAAAAGUCUUCCUUGUGGUCUACAUAACAUGUAAUGGUGGUUCUUUGGUCAAAAUGUUUUACACAUCAUCUUCAAGCCGCUUUCUGACAGUCGUUUCCGGAUGCGCCGUUUUGUGGGCGGUCUUAUCUACGUGGCUCACCUUCGGCGACGUCUUCUCCCCGUCAUCUUUGUUGUAGCGGUGUAGCGUGCAAGGACGGGAGUGGAAGAAGUGUCAAAAGAUGGCGCUAACUGUUUUAAUGACAUUCAGACUUUACUUCAAUCGAUAACGGAGCAGCAUCUCCUCAUCCGGAAACAACAGCAAGGCCAGAAAUGUGUCCCGUGAAAAACCGUCCGACCGGAACUCUCUAAUAACUAAAGUUCCUUGGUUGAAUAAUGUAGACUCACAACACCGGUAUGUUUUAGCGCUUUCAUGGCGAGUUUACCGGCAGAUAUAAGUAAGAACUUUACACUACUUUAUAUUAGAAAUGGCAACAGUGGAGGAUGAAUGUCCCAUAACAAGAAGAUAGAGAAAAAUAAGAAGCUUAUCGACCACGGCGUAGCCACGGACUACAAAGGCGGACGUACGCAAUUUUUCAGUACUUAUGCAGACCCCAAGUACAGAUCAGCAGGUACCAGAAGAUAAGAAAAGUUGCUUUUGCAUAAUAUUGCCAAACAAAACGCCAGAUAAUAUGUCUUACCUUAUACACACACACCAUAAUAAAACUCCUAUGUUGAAGCACAUCAAACGGUGCAGUCAACACGUAUCUCUUAUGUUUGACUGCCAUCUACUGGUCACACUUAUCAUCACACCAUGUACCAAAUAAAAUUCCUUCGAGGCGGGUAAGCUCAACCAAACGUAUUCCUUACAUUAGGCGCAAAAAGGAAAAUGAUUUUAAACGGGGAUAGCAGAUCCAUUCUAUGUGUCAUACUUGAUCAUUUCGCGAUAUUGCCAUAUUUUUGCUGAAAGGAUUUAGUAUAGAACAACGACGAUAAAGUUCGCAACUUUUGGUCUCUGAUAAAAAAAAGCCUUGCCCCUACCGGAAGUAGCGUGACGUCACCGGAGGAAGGGCUGCUCACAUUUCCCCAUUGUUUACAAUGCAGCGUGAGAGGUUCGGACCGAGAAAGCGACGAUUACCCCAUUAAUUUGAGCGAGGAUGAAAGAUUUGUGGAUGAGGAGCGUGAGAGUGAAGGACUAGCGUGCAGUGCAGGACGUAUCAUUUUUCGCUCUGACCGUAACUUCGGUACAAGGGUUCAUUGGAUUCCACACUCUCUCCUUUUUCUAUUGUGGAUCACGGAUUUGUAUUUUAAACCACUUCGGAUACUAUAUCCUCUUGAAAAUGAGAGUCGAGAACGCGAAAUGGACAUUCACAGUGACUUUUAUCUCCACGACAAUACAUCGGCGAAGCUCUUUAGCUACGGAGCUAACGUGAUAGCAUCGUGCUUAAAUGCAGAUAGAAACAAAAUAAAUAAACCCCUGACUGGAAAGAUAGACAGAAAAUCAACAAUACUAUUAAACCAUGGACCUGUAACUACACGGUUAAUGCUUUCCAGCUUGGCGAAGCUUAACAAUGCUGUUGCUAACAACGCCAUUGAAGCUAACUUAGCAACGGGACCUCACAGAGCUAUGCUAAAAACAUUAGCGCUCCACCUACGCUAGCCAGCCCUCAUCUGCUCAUCAACAGCCGUGCUCACCUGCGUUCCAGCGAUCGACGGAGCGACAAAAGACUUCACCCGAUCAUCGAUGCGGUCGGCGGCCCGGAGACGGAGGAAGUCAAGGUGAGGUCGGCGGCUAGCGCGUCUGCUAUCCAUCUCAAAGUCCUCCUGGUUGUGUUGCUGCAGCCAGCCGCUAAUACACCGAUCCCACCUACAGCUUUCUUCUUUGCAGUCUUCAUUGUUCAUUAAACAAAUUGCAAAAGAUUCACCAACACAGAUGUCCAGAAUACUGUGGAAUUUUGAGAUGAAAACAGAGCUUUUUGUAUUGGAUUUAAUGUGUCCGAAUACUUCCGAUUUAACGAUUGAAGUCACGCGCAUACGUCAUCAUACAUAGACGUUUUCAACCGGAAGUUUAGCGGGAAAUUUAAAAUUGCACUUUAUAAGUUAACCCGGCCAUAUUGGCAUGUGUUGCAAUGUUAAGAUUUUAUCAUUGAUAUAUAAACUAUCAGACUGCGUGGUCGCUAGUAGUGGCUUUCAGUAGGCCUUUAAGUGCGCCUUAUAGUCCGGAGAAUACGGUAUAUCAGGGUAAGAUUCCGAAUCAGUAGUCCGUUCGUCUUUUCCCAUCUCAUCUCGCCAAUAUCUUCCUAUUUCUGUAAGUACCUGGCUUUGCCAACCCCAUCUCACGUCUGCGUGUAGGAAACUUUCACGUCCUCUUUCAAAUUUCCCGAAGUUGACGUCAUUGUCGAAGCAAAGGUGCCAAAAAAUACUCAGAAAGCUGCCGCAGGCGAGUAAACAAAGUCAUGACACACGAGAUGGCGGCUCCUGCGCUAACGGAAACCCGUGAAUUAAAUCAUAUCGGAGAUCAGGGGUGUCCAAGCUUUUUCCAGCGAGGGACACAAUGAAGGAAAGUUCAAACGCAGGAGUUACUUUGAUACAUUUAGUGCAAUAAAGUUGCUCCUGUGCCACAGUUAUGUGCCUAUGGCCAUAACCCGCCCACGUCCUGGCGCAGUGCCACCACACACACACACAGGAACAGGAUAUCGUCAUAUUCAAAAGCAGAGUUUGUUAAAGCGGCAACUGUGGCGUCCGUUUUCAAAUCAGGAAGUGCACGUCAGCUGUGAUUGACAGCCAUGAAUGCCAAUCAUGCACACAAACAUUUUUUUGUUGUCUUUUACAGAGUUUAACUCUCUAAUUUUAUUGGUUUAAUUUGUAUUUCUACACCACAAAUGCAAGCAGGGGGUGGUGUUUUUGUAUAUGUUGGGUUAGAUCAGGGGUGUCCAAAGUGCGGCCCGCAGCUAAUUGUUUACCGGCCCGCCACACAUUCUGGAAAUGCUAUUGCAAACAUUUUUAAAUCAUUUAAUAAAGUGGAAUGAGGUGAAAUCUCACGGGAGAAAGUUGCAAUGUUGAUACAAAGCUGCCAUGCAGGCUGUUUUUUUUUCUUUUGUCUUUAUUUUUUUGCUAUUGCUCCCGAAAAAAUGUUGUUUUUAAAAAAUGAAUGUUGUAAUGAAUUAUUGGCCUAUUCAAGGCUCCAAUUACUUAAAAUAUUUCACUUUAAAAUGUUUUUGUGGAAAAUAUUGCAUAUGUGGUUGCGGUAUAAAAACAACAUUUUCUUUGACAAAAGAGCAUAAAACAGGGGUCACCAACGCGGUGCCCGCGGGCACCAGGUCGCCCGUAAGGACCAGAUGAGUAGCCCGCUGGCCUGUUCUAAAAAUAGCUCAAAUAGCAGCACUUACCGGUGAGCUGCUUCUAUUUUUUAAAAUUUUAUUUAUUUACUAGCAAGCUGGUCUCGCUUUUCCGACAUUUUUAAUUCUAAGAGAGACAAAACUCAAAUAGAAUUUGAAAAUCCAAGAAAAUAUUUUAAAGACUUGGUCUUCACUUGUUUAAAUAAAUUCAUACAUUUUUUUUUACUUUGCUUCUUAUAACUUUCAGAAAGACAAUUUUAGAGAAAAAAUACAACCUUAAAAAUGAUUUUAGGAUUUUUAAACACAUAUACCUUUUAAAUUCCUUCCUCUUCUUUCCUGACAAUUUAAAUCAAUGUUCAAGUAAAUGUAUUUUUUUUAUUGCAAAGAAUAAUAAAUACAUUUUAAUUUAAUUCUUCAUUUUAGCUUCUGUUUUUUCAACAAAUAAUAUUUGUGAAAUAUUUCUUCAAACUUAUUAUGAUUAAAAUUCAAAAAAAAUAUUCUGGCAAAUCUAUAGAAAAUCUGCAGAAUCAAAUUUAAAUCUUAUUUCAAAGUCUUUUGAAUUUCUUUUAAAAUUUUUGUUCUGAAAAAUCUAGAAGAAAUAAUGAUUUGUCUUUGUUAGAAAUAUAGCUUGGUCCAAUUUGUUAUAUAUUCUAACAAAGUGCAGAUUGGAUUUUAACCUAUUUAAAACAUGUCAUCCAAAUUCUAAAAUUAAUCUUAAUCAGGAAAAAUUACUAAUGAUGUUCCAUAAAUUAUUUUUUUAAUUUUUUCAAAAAGAUUCGAAUUAGCUAGUUUUUCCUCUUCUUUUUCUCGGUUGAAUUUUGAAUUUUAAAGAGUUGAAAUUGAAUAAAAACUAUGUUUCAAAAUUUUAUUGUCAUUUUUUUCCCGUGUUUUCUCCUCUUUUAAACCGUUCAAUUAAGUGUAAAUAUCAUUAAUUAUUAAUAAUAACAUAGAGUUAAAGGUAAAUUGAGCAAAUUGGCUAUUUCUGGCAAUUUAUUUAAGUGUGUAUCAAACUGGUAGCCCUUCGCAUUAAUCACUACCCAAGAAGUAGCUCUUGGUUUCAAAAAGGUUGGUGACCCCUGGCAUAAAACAACCAAAAUAAAUCUGAGGUUGAUCUUGUGACUUAAGUGUUGAAAGUAAAACAAAUAAUAAUAAAAACGUAUCACUUUAUGAGUGGGGGACCUUUUAGAUCCCAAAGAUAUUUAGUGGGAUUUUAUUGAUCUUUUCACUGUGACUGAUUACUCAGAAAUAAUAACACAUUUAAAUCAAUGGUGUCCUGCAUUAUUGAUCUUUUGAGGAAUCCAAUUACUUCACAUCAAACAUUGCUUUCUGAAUGUUUUGGGCUGCGGGGAAAAUACUGCAUAUUUCAGUUUUACUAUGAAAAACAAAGUUGUCUAUGACAGAAAAGACAUUUUUUUUAAAUUUUUUUACUUUAUAUCAACCUGAAGUUGAUAUAGAGAUUUACUGUAAGCGUUACAUUAAAUAUUAAAAUAAUAAUUUGACUUAUUUUUAACAUGCUAAUGACGGAGACUUAUGGUCCCCGGGAGCCUUAAAGGUAAAAACAAAACAAAAAAUCCAUAUAUUUUGUUAUGGUUUGAAAAUGAAAAAUUUCAAAGCGGCCCUCAGUGGAAAAAGUUUUGUCAUAGAGCAGCUAUAAAGAUGCUAAAAGGAAUCCAGUGUGGUUCAAUAAAUACUAUGGUGUUUAAGGUGAUGACGCCAAUUAGUGUAAUAGCUAAUAAUAUACUUUAUCAAUGCAUUUAUUAUAUUUUACAAAAUGCCAAAGGCUGUUAAAAAAAAUGCCAGUCCUUUUCUGCCUCC